AUGUCUUGCUUAGUCCAUGACAAAAAAUUUCUUGCACAGUUCCAUAGUAUCGUGAAUGAGUUACGAAAGCAGGGAAAACCGAUUGCCGUUAUACGAACUUUACCAAAAACAUGUUGUACAUGUAAAAAAGAACAAUCCGUAGAAAAUGUAAACGUCGACAUUGAUCCAAACCAUACAAAAAUAAAACUAUUAUAUGACAAGAUACUCGCUCAAGCUCCACCUGAUGGUCAUUUGUUAAACUCUUUAAAAUUGUUGAAUGAUAUUGCGAAACAAGGUCAGACGACAACGUCAGAUAUAACAGCAACCAAUGAAACACGUGAAGAAGUUCCUUCUCGUACAUUAGAGUCACAGCCACGUUCACCAUCAUCGUCUUCAACUGAUAAACACAUGUCACGUUCAUCAUCAUCGUCUUCAGCAUCAUCGUCGUCUUCAGCAUCAGAUAGUAGUCAUCAGGAUAGACAAAUAAUCACAGCUGCUCGACAUAUAUCACGUGGUAGAGGACGCGGACGCGGACGCUAUGUGGCUAGACGUGGUAAUUUUCAACAUCAAAAUACAGCAGCAGCAAAGCCACGACGCAAAAAAACAGUAAAAAAAUCUCCAUUAAACGGGAUCUUUCUUUAUUUACCGUACACUACUACUGUAGGUGAAAGUUCACUGUCCGAACGUGAAAAACAACUUAAGCGAGGACGUUUUAUUGGUAAAAAGGGUAGUCAAACAAAGGUAUUGGAAUCCGAUUAUCUUGUCCGUAUUAAUUUUAUAACAAAUACGACCACGAAACAAUUGCAAGAUGAAUUGGAAGCAGCGAAAAAAGCUAUUGAAGAUAAUGAAACAGCAACUAAUGUCAAAAUUGUUGGCCAUGAUGGCAAAACAGCAAAUAGCACAAGUGGUGAAUGGUGUUUUAUACGCAAAAAGAAUAUUAAUAAUACUGCUACCGGUGCCAAUAUAGACAAGGAUGAUGAAGAUAUAAACAAAUUGAUUAAAAAAAUGGAAUCAGCAUGGAAUACAGCAUCAUCCAUUUCGACGAUCAAACGAAGAAAAUUCAAUUAA